GGUAACAUAGCUUCUGCCUCUAGUUCAGCAGUUCUUUCCCAUGAUUAUGAGGAUGCUGAUGUGAUGGAAGGUCAUUGCCAGUUGUUAAAUGUCAGCACAAUUCCUGGUUAGAUCACUCACUCUUAAAUCUCUGCAGCUCUUCGCAGCCAGCUCUUGCACUUUUUAUCCAGGACUGUUCCUGGCAAAGCAGCCUUCUCUCUGGGCAGUCCUCCGGGACCCCAGGGGCUGUGAGGGCCUGAGGGGGCUGGCAGAGGAGCAGGUCCGUGUCUGCCAGCGGCAGGUGGCAGCCAUGGGCGCGGUGAAGCGCGGCGCGGAGCUCGCUGUCCAGGAGUGCCAGCACCAGUUCCUCUCUCGCCGCUGGAACUGCUCCCCGCUGCAGGGCCUGAGCAAGGUUGCCAUCCAAGGCACGCAGGAGGCUGCUUUCAUCCACGCCGUGGCUGCUGCUGGAGUGGCCUUUGCUGUCACCCAUGCCUGCAGCCGCGGGGAGCUGGAGGAGUGUGGCUGCGACCGCAGGAUCCGAGGAGCCAGCCCCGAAGGUUUCCAGUGGUCGGGCUGCUCUGAUAACCUGUCUCAUGGGAUCGCCUUCUCUCAAGCCUUCGUAGACAGCCCUGAGAGGAGCCGCGGCAUCUUCUCCAGCCGAGUGCUGAUGAACCUCCACAACAACGAGGCUGGGAGGAAGGCUCUCCUGGCCCACAUGAAGGUGGAGUGCAAGUGCCAUGGCGUGUCGGGCUCCUGCGAGGUGCGCACGUGCUGGAAGGCCAUGCCUCCUUUCCGCAAGGUGGGCAACGUCCUCAAGGAGAAGUUCAAGGGGGCAACGGAGGUUCAGUCCAAGCGGGUUGGCUCCCGCAAGCUCCUGGUGCCCAAGAGCUCUCACUUCAAGCCCUACACAGCUCACGACCUGGUUUACCUGCUGGCCAGCCCAGACUUCUGCCAGCGGGACCCCCGGCGAGGGGUGUUGGGCACCUCUGGGCGGCCGUGCAACUGGACAUCCCCGGGCACGGGGGGCUGCGAGCUCCUCUGCUGUGGCCGGGGCUUCCGGACAGCCCAGGCAGAGGUGGUGGAGAGGUGCAGCUGCAAGUUCCGCUGGUGCUGCUCCGUCAAGUGCCAGCAGUGCCGGCACCUGGUGGAGGUGCACAGCUGCCUCUGA